AUGGCCGUCACUGACCAAGACCACGACCAAGACAACUUCUCCAGCAUAUCAUGGACGGAACACGACACCGCAGUAAAUUCAGUCGCAGGACAGCACGGGCACCAUGAUGGCGAGGCCUCAGGAGCCAGACGUAGCGGCCGCGAGCUCGAUCCUCACGGGCUAGGCAGCGAGAAGCUCGAGUGUACAGUUGGUAGUCCGCUCAAGGAGAAUGACGGCAGCAAGGAUGCAUUCAUUUCAUAUCUGAUUACCACUCACUCCACCUUCCAGUCGUUCCAGAAAGAAACAACGACUGUCCGGCGACGCUUCACAGACUUUGUCUUCCUAUACAAGCAGCUCAUGCGAGACUAUCCCGCCACCGCCGUGCCCCCGCUCCCGGACAAGCAGCGCAUGGAAUACGUGCGCGGCGACCGCUUCGGCCCAGACUUCACCUUGCGACGGGCACACUCGUUCCAGCGCUUCCUCACCCGUCUAUCACUGCACCCCAUCCUCCGCCGGGCACCCAUCCUGCACAGCUUCCUCGAGAGCCCCGACUGGAACGCGACCAUGCGCAGCCGCAGCGCCCGCACCAGCCUCUCCACCGACCCCAGCAACUCGAGCGGCGUCUUCGACAACUUCGCAGACACCUUCAUCAACGCCUUCACCAAGCUGCACAAGCCGGACAGGCGCUUCAUCGAAGUCAAAGACAAGAGCGACAAGCUCGACGAGGACCUGGGCAACAUUGAAAAGAUUGUCGCCCGCGUCGUCCGCCGCGAGGCCGAUCUCGAAACGGACCUCAAGGACCUCGCGGAGCAGUUCCAAAAGCUCAUCACCCUCGAGCCCGGCGUCGAGCCCGAGGUCCACGCCUUCGCCGCCUCCAUCCAAGACACCGCCGCGCACCUGCACACCCUGCGCGACGUCACCGACCAGGACUACCUCGGCUCCCUGCGCGACAUGCAGGCCUACUCCCUCUCGCUCAAGAACCUCCUCCGCGCGCGGGAGCAGAAGCAGCUCGACUACGAACAGCUCACUGAGUACCUCAACAAGUCCACCGCGGAGCGCGACUCCCUCCAGUCGGGCUACGCGUCCUCGGGCGCCGGCUCCUUCAUCCGCGCCAAGAUCGAAGACGUCCGCGGCGUCGACCACGAGCAGGCCCGCCGCGAGCGCCAGCGCAAGCUCGAGCUGCGCGUCGAGGAGCUCACCACCGAGGUAGAGCGGGCCCGUGCCACGAGCGACAUGUUCGACGACGAGGUCGUCCGGGAAGUCGCCGAUUUCGAGCGCAUCAAGAGGGCCGAGUUCAAGACACAGCUGGGUGGGCUGGCGGAUGCACACGUCGGGUUUUACGGAGAGGUGGUUGACCUUUGGGAGAGGUACAUCAAAGAAAUGGACCAGGAGAGCGUGCUAGCCGCGUAA